GAAGCCUUGACGCAGGGACGAGGAAGAAAGCAUGUACACGGAAGUCAACCAGGAUCUUUUUCGUGCAUGCAUUUGUUUCCACUUGGUAGACUUUUUUCUUUUCUUUUCUUUCAUUUCUAACGGUAAAUCAACCCGUAAUGACACUAAGUGAUGGGGCAGCCGGAGUGGAAACCGUGAGAAGAUAAUAUGACGAUAUGAGCGGAUGGUUGAGAUCCAGAGAGGGUCAAUGGACGCCAGGAUUUGAAGUGGUCCUGUUUUGACAGCUGGGUUGAGCCCCCAGUACCUGGUCCGAGUGUCUGAGAGAGAGAAGAAGAGAGAACUGUGGAUAACAGAGAAGACUGAGGGGGGGGUUUCAGUCUUAAAGGUUUUACUUUCUGAAGAGUUGGUUUCACAGGUUAGAAAGGAGAGCAGUGUUUGUUUUCUCUACCUUCACCUGUAGCUUCCAGCAGGUGAGUGGUCAUGGCGUCGUCCCGGCUGAAGUACCUCUCCCUGGGCGUGCUGGUGUUCCAGACCACCUCCCUGGUGCUCACCAUGCGGUACUCCCGCACCCUGCAGGCGGAGGGCCCGCGGUACCUCGCCUCCUCAGCUGUGGUGGUGGCCGAGGUCAUGAAGAUCUUCACCUGCGUGCUGCUCGUCUUCAAAGAGCACAAGUACAGUGUGCGAGCUCUCAACAGUGUCCUCCGUCAGGAAAUUGCCCAUAAACCUAUAGAAACACUGAAGCUGGCCAUCCCCUCAGGGAUCUACACCCUUCAGAACAACCUGCUGUAUGUUGCACUGUCCAACCUGGAUGCAGCCACCUACCAGGUGACAUACCAGCUAAAGAUCCUGACCACAGCGCUGUUCUCUGUGUCCAUGCUGGGCCGCAGACUGGGCAUCUAUCAGUGGCUCUCAUUACUUAUUCUUAUGGCCGGAGUGGCUCUUGUGCAGUGGCCCUCAGAGUCUGAAAAGGCCCCAGAGAAGGAGGCCCUCUCUGCAGGCUCCCAGGUUGUGGGUGUGGGAGCUGUGCUGGUGGCGUGCUGCUCCAGUGGGUUCGCUGGGGUCUACUUCGAGAAGAUCCUCAAGGAGAGCAAACAGAGCGUCUGGGUUCGCAACAUCCAGCUCGGUAUGUUCGGCCUGGUGUUUGGACUCUUUGGGAUGCUGGCCUACGAUGGCGAGAGGGUGAGGGAGUCAGGAAUGUUCCAGGGAUACAACACAAUCACCUGGACUGUUGUUGCACUGCAGGCGCUUGGGGGUCUGGUCAUUGCAGCGGUCAUCAAGUAUGCAGACAACAUCCUCAAGGGCUUUGCUACGUCGCUCUCCAUCAUCCUGUCAACACUGAUAUCAUACUUUUUGCUUCAGGACUUCGACCCUUCCGGCAUGUUCUUCCUGGGGGCCAUUUUCGUUAUCAUGGCCACUUUCCUGUACGGCUACGAAUUCAAGCCGUCCUCCAACCCCAGCAGGGCGUAGGACUUUCACAGCUUACACUACAGCAGCAGGAGGAGGUCCUGAUGAGGCGUCAAGACGUGGAGGGGAAAGGAGGACAGAGAACUGGAGAGAAAGAAGGGGAAAGGUCUUUAUUGUAUACUUUGAUUACUAACAGAGAGCAGGGGAGUAGGAGGAGAGGAGGUAAGCAGACUGUUAACAGGGAGAAUGAAAAAGAAGGCUAAUGAAAUAAGCAAGAUUAGUGCUGUGAUUGGUCUCACACACCAAUAGUGCCUCCGUUAAGAAGGGUAACCAAUGAGAAAAGAAAACUGUGGCAAUAGGAUUGUGUUUCUCAUUUUCCUAUAAUUGCAGCCAUUGAGAUAAUCCUAGCUGCCACAGCUCCAGAUCUGGAGUGGUUUUCUGGUCGGGACCUACUGAUUGUUUUUUUUGUUUUUUUCAGAACCCAAUUGACUGCCAUUGUAAAUGCCACAUCAAUCAUACCUGUACUGUAGUGGACAAAAGAGGCAGACAGGCAGGACAUGUUAUUUAAAAAUGGGAAAAAGUGGGGGAAAUAUGCCCACACUGUUGGCUAGUUCACCUUAGAGUUGCAGUAUUUAUGGGUCUGAGUCUUUCUUGUUCCACUCUGAGCUCUGAAAGCACAAUUGUUCCUCUCAGUAAUGAGCCCUUCAAUCCAUUUCAUACUCUAAAGCUGUGAACAUUACACGAUCAAGACCAUGCUGAAGAGGGAAGAUUUGUACUCUUCUUAAGAUUAAUCUCUGCCUGGAAGUCAAAACUCAAUUCACCAGGAGCCUUCAGUCUGGUUAUAUAGAAUUCAUAAUGACCAUAAGGUAUUGUGCCCUUAAUGAUGGCUCUGAUGUUGCAUUUGUUUCAGCUAUUUUUGGAAAUGUGUUCUGUUGCCAGGCAACAUAUAAUCACUUGGACGUCUUUGAUAAGUGUGUGUCUCAGUGACAGAUAUGUUUUACUGAAUGAGUCUGGUCUCUGUAUCUGGUUUUAUGAUUAAAACUAAUCUGGGUUUAAAGGAAAAUGUUACUUCAAGUCAGAAAUACUGCUCUCUACUUUUCCAGGGGUUCAUUUGGAACAUAUUUUUUUUGUUUUGUUUAAAUUUUCAUUACAUGGUCAAAAGUUUUUAGUAAACUUGAAAUUAUGUUACUCUUGGGUGUAAAUAAUGGCACCAUUUCAUCUUUAAAUCCAAAUGAAUUGUCCUUGUGACUUAUUUAUUCAUUCAUUAGGAAAUAACACAUUUUCAAAGCCAUUGGUGUUAAUCAUCCAACUCAUUAUGUUAGGGUCUCAUGAAGAAAUAAAUAAUUUAAAUUUUUUGAUAAAAUAAUUAAACAAUUGAAUAUGGCCCAGCGAAAUCUGAUCGGGCUGAUUCUGAUUUCUAGAUUCUGAUUACAAGAGACAUCCGUCAGGCAUUUCUCAUAUAGAAAGAAUCCUUGCAUUGUGUGAUUACUAAUGUUUUUCCUUUAGAGCAGAGGUUUUGGUGAUAAAGCGGGUAUAAUUAAGAACUUAAUUGUUUUAAUAUCCAAUAUUUGAAUAUUUUAUAAAAGGAAAAAAAACUUUC